UUGAACUGAGCCACUCCGAACAACAGCAGAAUUUGAGACAGAUCACCUGGACACGUGUGUCUCACAGAGUGGUCUCCUUCAAGACAAGUGCUUCUGUUCAUGCUGUAGUUUGUUCAGUGGAGAUCUGAAAGUAACAACCUUGCGCUUGGAGCACUGAGACAGGUAGAAAGGAAUUCAGAAGUGUUUGGACAGCACUUCAGAAGCCACAGGCAACCUGACUACAACACAGACAAUGGCACCACGACCAAAGCAAGAGGAGGAAUCUGAGGAGAAGCCAACAGAAACACUUGACGUUCCCAGAAAGAAGUCUCUUACUAUGGCCCCUGUUGCAUCCACAGCAUCUCUAAUUGAAGAUGAUCCUUGGGACAUGCCUGAAUUGCAGGACACAGGGGUUAAAUGGGCAGAACUGGACACCAAAGGGAAGGUCCUAAGAGUUUUUCUCACAGCAGCAAAAUUUAUUCUCCUGCUUGGUUUGCUCUACACAUUUGUUUGCUCACUGGACAUCCUCAGCUCAGCUUUCCAGCUUGUUGGAGGUAAAGCCGCAGGGGACAUUUUCCAGGACAAUGCAGUGCUAUCAAACCCUUUGGCAGGCCUUGUAAUUGGGAUGUUGGUAACGCUCCUAGUCCAGAGCUCCAGUACUUCCUCAUCUAUUGUGGUCAGCAUGGUCUCCUCUGGAUUGCUGGAUGUGAAAACUGCAGUUCCUAUUAUUAUGGGGACUAACAUUGGCACAUCAGUCACAAAUACUUUUGUAGCCAUGACACAAGUUGCUGACAGGAACAAGUUCCGAAGGGCAUUUGCUGGAGCCACUGUGCAUGAUUUCUUUAACUGGCUUUCUGUCCUGGUGCUUUUGCCACUGGAAAUCGCCACAGGUUACCUGGAGAAGCUCACAGACCUCAUAGUCGAAUCAUUUAAUAUCCAGAGUGGAGAAAAUGCACCAGACCUUCUGAAUGUUAUCACUGACCCACUUACCGACUCUAUUGUUCAGCUGGACAAAUCUGUGAUAAGUGGUAUUGCGACUGGAGACCCUGAAGCCAAAAACAAAUCUCUCAUCCUGGUCUGGUGCAAGACAGCCUCAAACACGACUCUCCAGAAUGUGACAGCAUCAAACUGCACAGGCUUCCCUUGUUGGGAAUUGAAAAAUGUUACAGAAGUUAUAAACAUCAAAAAAUGCAAUCACAUCUUUGUGAACACGACCCUUUCUGACCUGGCGGUGGGUCUGAUUUUGCUGGCUGGGUCUCUGCUCAUCCUGUGCACUUGCCUCAUUUUAAUUGUGAAACUGCUCAACUCGAUGCUCAAGGGCCAGGUUGCUAUUGUCAUCAAGAAGAUAAUGAACACUGAUUUUCCAUUUCCAUUUGCAUGGCUGACUGGAUACAUUGCGAUUGUGGUUGGCGCAGGAAUGACUUUUAUUGUCCAAAGCAGUUCUGUCUUUACCUCGGCUAUAACGCCUCUUGUUGGUAUUGGCGUUAUAAAAGUUGAAAGGGCAUAUCCGCUUUCCCUGGGAUCCAAUAUUGGAACAACGACUACCGCGAUUUUAGCUGCCAUGGCUAGUCCAGGGGAAACGCUUGGAAAUUCAUUACAGGUUGCCUUGGUUCAUCUCUUCUUCAACCUCUCUGGGAUUUUGCUGUGGUACCCGAUCCCUUUCACACGUUUCCCCGUUCGAAUGGCGAAGGGUCUUGGUCACAUAACAGCUCAAUACCGUUGGUUUUCGGGCUUUUACAUCAUCGUCUGCUUCUUCAUUUUCCCUCUAGUGGUCUUCGGCCUUUCUUUGGCUGGUUGGAAGGUCCUUGUGGGAGUUCUUGUUCCCAUAGUGGCCAUUCUGCUCUUUGCAAUCAUUGUUAACAUUAUACAGAAUCACAAACCUCAGUGGCUUCCUUCCGCUCUCCGUUCUUGGGACUUUCUUCCUCUGUGGGUCCACUCUCUUGAACCAUGGGAUAGAGUAGUUACCAUAAUGGCCGCUCGCUGCUGCUGCUGCUGCAAGUGCUGCAAUGUCACAGAAGAAGACGAAGAGACAGGAAAAGAUGAAAAUAAAGACCAUGAAAUUGAAAUGUAUGACAAUCCGACAAUGACUGAUGAGAUCAAGGAGGCCAAGAAAACAUCAAUCAGCUCUGAAAUCCUCAAGGCAACAUCUUUCUAGAGUGAAACAUAGUAUCAUUACUGAACAUAUCCAACCCAAACUAUAUCAGUGGACUUUGGAGCAAGAAUAAAAAGGAACCCGAUAUUUAAUUUAACCAUUUAUUUUUAUUUAAGUCUUACAUUUAUUUUGCUUCUUAUAUUGAAAUUUUUAUACAAAGAUGCUAUUUUGUACAGGAUAUUGUAAAUGUUAUUGAUAAAUGCUCAAUUUAAUGUUACAUAUUAUAAGAUUUUCUGAUUGUUCUGUUAUUUGAGUAAAGCAUACACUUAUUUUUAAUACCUCUAAGUUGAAAUAAAUGCAAGCUAACACACAAAGUAUAAUAUAAAAUGUUUUAAACCACUGUCCUCAAUUGAACUGUUUUCCUUUUAUUUAUGUAAAUUUUAUAUUCUGUAAAAUAUUGCCAUGAUUUUACAAUAUUAAACAGUAAUUUCUUGCAGUGAAUUAAUGUAUUCAGAAUUUUAACAGUGUUACAAAACACAGACAGUUGCACUGUGUUACAAUGAGUAAGGCUGACUUUUAAAGUCUAAUAAUAAUAUUGUUCAAAUGUUUUACUGUACAGUACAGAAAUAAUGUAAUCUUGUAUAAACAAGAAGAAGUUAAUAUUGUUAAUGUUGACACAGAUAUUCUGAGACAGUUAUUAUGAAAGUCUCUACAUCUCUGUCAUAUCCUGCUCUUGUUCACUUCAAAGUACAUUUCAUGUAAUUGUGAUGAAAUUAAAAAUUUGUGAAAAUAUAACCAUAAAUAUUACAGAAUGCACAACAUGGAUAUAUUCUCCUGUUGACU